AUGCCGGUGUCUGUUUUUUUAAGGAGCUUUGUGGUUUUAGUGGCCGUCCACGGAUGCAGUGGAUCUACCCAGGCUGCCCACCAGGCGCCCUUGCACAUCGGCGGUCUCUUCCCGCUGUCAGAGAAGGACGGCUGGAGCCGAUUUUUCGGCCACAGCGCCCUGGUCGGUGCCAAGCGAGCGAUUGAGGAUAUCAACAAGAGGAAUGAUGUGUUGCCGAACUACACCUUGGUCCUGCAUGUUGCCGACACAGAGGGAAGCAUGCCAGUGGCCUUGAAUAAGUUCUACGAGUUCACCUACAAGCCGCCGGUCAAAGUGGCCAUUUUCGGCCCGAUGCUGUCUUCACUGACCGAAGUGGUCGCCGAGGUGAUCGGCAAAUGGAACAUCGUGGAGAUGUCCCCGGCGGCAUCGUCUCCCGUGCUGAGUGAGAGAGAGAGGUAUCCCCACAUCUACCGCAUGAUCACCUCAGCGGCCGGCUUCUCCUCGGCCGAGUUCCGCAUGUGCCGGCUCUUCGGGUGGGACAAGAUCGCGACCCUGCACGAGACAACGGAGCCGCAUGUUGGGGCAAUAAACGAACUCCAGCGGUUGGCUUCUGAGAGCAACUUGUCUAUCAUUGCAGCUGAGAGCUUCUACAAGGACCCGUUCGAGGCUAUGGAACGACUCAAGCGCAAAGAUGUCCGCAUAAUCGUGGCGAGCUUCUACGAAAGAAUGGCUCGGAAGGUUUUCUGCAGUAUAUUCAAGUUGGGCAUGUACGGCCCAAACUACGUCUGGAUGAUCCCCGGUUACUAUAGCAACGGUUGGUGGAUGACGACUGAGGAAGGCUUGGAUUGCACUCCGGACGAACUCAAGAGGGCGACAGAGGGAUACCUGACCAUCGCCUACAGCAAGUACGGGAGGAGCGACCACCCUGGCAUCGGAGGAAGGCACUUCAACAUCUGA